UUCUGGUUCUGGUCUUUGUGGUGUAUAAUCGUCGACGUGAGGCACAUAUCAAAUAUCCUGGUCCAGAUGAUGAUGUACGCGAAAAUAUCAUUAACUAUGAUGAUGAGGGUGGCGGUGAAGAUGAUAUGACGGCAUUCGAUAUUACACCAUUGCAAAUACCCAUCGGUGGACCAAUGCCGCCAGAAUUGGCCACCAUGAAAAUGCCAAUUAUGUAUCCUGUUAUGACAUUAAUGCCCGGCCAGGAGCCAAAUGUUGGCAUGUUCAUCGAAGAACAUAAAAAGCGUGCCGAUGGUGAUCCAAAUGCACCGCCCUUCGACGAUUUGCGUAACUAUGCAUAUGAGGGUGGCGGCAGUACAGCCGGUUCGUUGAGUUCUUUGGCAUCAGGAACCGAUGAUGAAUGCCAGGAAUAUGAUUACCUGGGUGCAUGGGGUCCACGUUUUGAUAAAUUGGCCAAUAUGUAUGGACCCGAGGCCAACAAUCACACCGAUUUAGAAUU